AUGAGUUCUGAUCAUUUCAGUGUAGAUAGACACGUAGAUUCUGACACCAUCUUCACCAGAGGACGGUGGGAAUUGAAACAAGGCAUCAAAGUCCGUUGGGCAACAGAAAAUGUUAAAUCGGUAGUUAAAGAAAAUGAACUUUACUCGGUGUACAGUACAAAACCCAUCAAUCAUCGUGGUGAUACUUUAAAUAAUGGGAUCAUUACCACCAGAUUACUGGGAGCUGGUGAUGAUAUUGUUAAGUUAGAAGCUUAUCAUGACAAAUCCGCUUAUAAUCAUGCUAAAGAACCCCGGUUCGAAGUUAAUACCACACCUGCUACUGCUACUGUUGAAGCUGUGACUGGUACUGCUGCCACUAAUGAAGCUUCUGCCACUGGGUAUACGGUAAAAUCCGGUAAUUUAUCAGCCAAAAUCGAUGAAAAGUUCUUUGGUAUGGAAUUUUCUGGCGAUAAACCCUUGACCAAGCUUGGUUUCAGAUCUGUGGGGUACGUGGAAGAUUCCCGAUUCCCCAAACCAGGGUUAACCGGCCAUACUCAUCAGGACUAUGUCACCAUGCAAUUACACUUAUCGGUGGGGGAGAAACUCUACGGUUUGGGUGAAAGGUACGGAGCUUUUGUUAAGAAUGGUCAACAUAUUGAGAUGUGGAACGAAGAUGGUGGUACUGCCAGUAACGUUACUUAUAAGAAUGUCCCAUUUUAUAUGUCUAAUCGCGGAUAUGGGGUUUUUGUGGAUUCAACAUCCAACGUUUCAUUUGAUUUACAAAAUGAGUGUACAAAUAGAGUUAAUAUUGUGGUUAUGGGACAAGGAAUGAGACUUUAUUUGAUCUAUGGGCCCACUCCUAAAGAGAUUCUCGCUAAAUAUGCUUCAUUGACCGGUCUUCCAGCCCUCCCACCAGCAUGGACUUUUGGUUUAUGGCUCUCAACAUCUUUCCUUACUGAUUAUGACUACGAUACCGUCAGUAAAUUCAUCACGGGGAUGAAAUCUAGAGACAUUCCUUUGACCGUUUUCCAUUUUGACUGUUUCUGGAUGAAAGGGUUCCAAUGGUGUGACUUUAAGUUCGACCCCAAGUACUUCCCUGAUGCUAAGAAGAUGUUGGGGGACCUUAAGACCAACUUCGGUGUAAAAAUUUGUGUAUGGAUCAACAGUUACAUCGGCCAAGAGUCCGACUUAUUCGAUGAAUGUGAUUCCCAAGGGUAUUUCAUCAAGAAAUCCGACGGAGCUUCGUACCAGUGUGAUUUAUGGCAAGGAGGCAUGGGUAUUAUUGACUUCACUAACCCAGAAGCAUAUAAAUGGUUCCAGAGCAAGUUAGCUCAACUUGUGGAUUUGGGAGUUGAUUGUUUCAAGACAGAUUUCGGGGAAAGAAUUCCUUCUAGGGACGUAACUUACCACGACGGUACUAACCCCGUUGGCAUGCACAAUUACUACACUUACUUAUACAACAAAUGUGUAUUUGAGGUAUUACAAGAAAAGAAAGGUGAGGACGAAGCAUGUCUUUUUGCUAGGUCCACCACUGCCGGAGGUCAAAAAUUCCCUGUUCAUUGGGGUGGUGAUUGUGAAUCCACUUUUGAAGCUAUGGCAGAAUCUUUACGUGGAGGUUUAAGUCUUAGUCUUUGUGGAUUUGGAUUCUGGUCACAUGACAUCGGUGGUUUUGAAGGGUCCCCUCAUCCUGCGGUUUAUAAAAGAUGGUGUGCAUUCGGUCUCUUAUCUUCCCAUUCAAGAUUACAUGGGUCUCAUUCGUACCGUGUACCAUGGAAUUUUGACGAUGAAAGUUCGGUAGUGUUACAAAAAUUCACCAAAUUGAAGUUAUCGUUGAUGCCAUACAUUUUUGGUGCUGCUGUAGAAGCUAGUCGUAGUGCUACGCCUGUCAUGAGACCAAUGGUCCUCGAAUUCCCCGAUGAUAAGAUCGCUCAAACUUGUGAUGGACAAUUCAUGUUGGGUGAUUGUUUAAUGGUGGCCCCGGUAUUUUCCGCCGAAGGUGAUGUUUCCUUCUACUUACCUAAGGGGAAAUGGUACGGCCUUUUAGACGGUAAAGUCAGAGACAGUCAAGGUAAAGGAGAAUGGUUUGAUGAGGUUCAUGACUUCAAAUCCUUACCAUUACUUGUUAGACCCAACUCCGUGUUCAUUAGUAGUACCACCGAUACUUCUACCCCAGUGUACGAUUACCACAAAGAUUACAUAGUGAACAUCUAUGCUGUUGAAGGUACAAAAUCAGUUGACAUUCCAGACACUUCAGGUAAGAUUGUAGCCACUGUUACGGUAACUCUGACCGCCAGUGGAUAUUCUAUCGAUGCCCCCGGUAAUUUCAGUGUUAAGGUUUUAGGUCAGGAUGUAAAAGAGUCAAUUGACGGUAUUGUUGGUAGUAGUCCCAGUGUAGUUGAAUUUGCAUAA